GCGUUUCUGUGAUCUCGGAGCUCUUGCAAGUGAAUUUUUAGGGUUCGUGUAGUGUGAAAGAGAGGGAGAGAUGCUGACUUGUAUAGCGUGCACGAAGCAGCUUAACACCAACAAUGGCGGAUCUACUCGAGAAGACGAUGAAGAAGACGGAGUCAUUGGGACUCCUAGGACUAAGCAGGCGAUUAAAUCACUGACGUCACAGCUAAAAGACAUGGCAGUAAAAGCUUCAGGGGCAUAUAAAAACUGCAAACCGUGUUCUGGGACAUCAAACCGGAAUCAGAAUCCAAACUAUGCUGAUUCGGAUGCUGCUUCGGAUUCUGGGAGAUUUCAUUAUGCAUACCAGAGAGCUGGGACUGCAAGCUCAACUCCAAAGAUUUGGGGGAAUGAAAUGGAGUCCAGGUUAAAAGGGCUUUCUAGUGAAGAAGGUACUCCUACGUCCAUGAGUGGCCGAACGGAAUCCAUAGUGUUCAUGGAGGAGGAUGAGGCCAAGGAAUGGGUUGCGCAAGUGGAGCCUGGUGUUCUCAUCACAUUUGUGUCAUUGAUUCAGGGAGGGAAUGAUCUAAAGAGGAUUCGGUUCAGUCGUGAGAUGUUCAAUAAAUGGCAAGCUCAAAGAUGGUGGGUGGAGAAUUUCGAGAAGGUCAUGGAGUUAUACAACGUGCAGCAGUUCAAUCAGCAGAGCGUGCCGCUUCCAACUCCUCCUGUAUCUGAAGAUGGGGGCUCACAAAUACAGUCUGCGAAGGACAGUCCUGUAACUCCACCUCUGGAAAGAGAGCGACCUCGCAGCAAUAUUCCAGGCUCUUCUGGUCUUGCUUCAACACCAAAGCUCUCUAGCAUCAGCGGAACCAAGACAGAAACAUCAUCAAUCAAUGGUUCUGCUAGAAGUAGCUCGGUAGACCGAUCUGAGGAGGUCUCAGUGAGUAACGCAAGUGACAUGGAAAGUGAAUGGGUAGAACAAGAUGAGCCUGGUAUCUAUAUUACUAUCAGAGCUUUACCAGAUGGUAAUCGCGAGCUUAGACGCGUUCGAUUCAGCCGAGACAAGUUUGGGGAAACACAGGCGAGGUUGUGGUGGGAACAGAACAGAGCUCGGAUACAACAGCAAUACUUGGUGAACAUAAUGUCUGGAGAGGAACCAACAAUCAGAAUGCUUUUCCCAGGAAUGCAGCUUCUCGACAUUCCUUUCCUAAGAAUCUCGCUACUGGUGACUAAUCAUGAUGGACCCAGCAGAGAGUUUCGUGUGGUUAGAGACAACAGGUCUAAUGUGAAUGCAAAUAAAGAAUUGAAGCAUACUUCUGCCCAUUUCUCUGGAUCAAAUAUCAGCGGAGAGGUUGCCAUUGGGAACAAAAAGGGCUCAUCAGGUGGUUCAGGAGAUUAUCACUCAUAUGGGGCUCACAGUUAUAAUUCAACAACAUAUACUAGGUCCAGGCAGACUGGUAAUGUUCCUUCGCGUCGUUCUACAAGAAAAGAACUCUCUGAGGGAAGCGACUCUGUUCUUGGUGUAUAUUCAUCAUCUGCAGAUCCAGUUCAUGUACCAUCUCCUGAUUCUAGAUCAUCAGCUGCUGGAGCUAUCAGAUGUGAAGUUAGGGGUGUAGGUUAUCAGAAUAAACAGUGGAAGCUAAAAUCUAAUCAGAAAUCUAUUGGAGAUAAUCCUGGAGUUAUUGGAACUCCUAAAAAACCUCAUGCCCCUCCCGCUUCUGUAAAUUCAGAAUCAGAAAUUGUGAAGUUGCAGGAUAAGAUUGCACAUGCUAGUAUCAGUGAAAUUCGGAAUGUCAUUAUUGCAGAUCACAUUCGUGUCACAGAGACUGAUCGCUGUCAGCUGACUUUUGGUAGCUUUGUUCUGGAGUUUGAUCCUUCAGUGAAUUCAGUAUCUGGACUUGAGAAAGUAUUAUGCUCUUCACAAGAACUUAAACACGGUGAUACCGAUGACAGUUUGCCUGCUUCGCCUUCCAAGGCUUCAACCAAUGGUACUUCUGGCACUUGGACCGUGGGAACUUUCGAUAUUGAAGUCAGAACUUCUGGAGCUGGCUCACCGCCUCCUGUAUUGAUGGCAUCAGAGCAACUAUUGUCUGAACAGAAGGAGGUUCCUAGAUCUCAGAAUUUGGAUGAAUAUGCGCAAAUUGAAUUGCUCAGUGGAAAUUCCCCUUAUACUGCUCUAGAACCGAAGCAGCAGCAAGAUCCUCUCGAAUUGCAUAAUUUUUCAGAUUAUGAUCCUCAAGGUGGUUAUGACCUGCCGUAUCUCAGGCAAGCAAUGGAUGAAAACGUGCGGGGACAAGGACUACCUUCUCCACAGGAGCCACAGGCGCCGAUGGCACAGAUGUAUCCACAGGUUCAUGUUUCACAUUUUCCCAAUGGUAUGCCAUAUCGUCAGUACCUCUCUCCGGUCUAUGUCCCCCAAAUGCCCAUGCAAGGAUACUCUAGUAAUCCAGCAGCAUAUGCUCACCCUUCAAAUUGCAAUAGCUAUGUGCUGAUGCCUGGAGGCAGUUCUCACCCCAGUGCAAAUGGACUCAAAUAUGGAAUCCAGCCAUAUAAGCAAGUCUCCACAGGUGGACCAACGGGUUUUGGGACUUUCAACAACCCCAAUGGGUAUCAAAUUAGUUCACUCAAUGUAGUUGGUAAUGCUCCAGGAUAUGAAGAUUCAUCUCUUACGAAGUAUAAAGACGUAAAUGUAUAUGUCCCUAAUCCGCAGGCUGAGACUUCUGAAAUCUGGAUGCAUAACCCAAAAAAUCUUUCGGGCCUUCAGUCACCUGCUUAUUACAACAUGGCUGGACAAACACCUCACGGUGCUUAUCGGUCAUCCUUUAACUCUGCUCCAGUCCAAUCGUCUCAUAUGCAGUUCCAAGGCGUCUUCCAUUCGCCACAGCCUGGUCCAAUGGCGAAUGCACACCAUAUGGGGCUUGGACUUGGUGGCAACGCUGGGCUUGGGGUUGCUCCAUCUCCUUCUCCAGUUCAAGUCGGUGCCUAUCAGCAACCGCAGCUUGGUCAUCUCAACUGGCCAGCAAACUUCUGAACAAAAUCUAACUUGUUUACUUGUUGAGUGAAUCAUAACAAACAGCCUAAAAAAAAUAGUUUGUUAUUCUUGUGAAACGGCCAAACUCUACUUAUUUCUUUUAUUCAAUGCAUAAAUUUCUCAAUUCUCGCAGUUUUCUAUGAAUCUAUGUCUGCUUUUGUACCCUCGUUUCUUCUACAGGCCGCUUCAGUAUCAAAUCUUUGACAGCAGAGACACAACUUAGUUUAAUUCUCUUGACCAGGUAACCCGUCCUGCCUUACUCUAGUUUUGGUUUAUGUCAUAAUCAUUGUGAAAAGCAGGACGAGAACCUUAAUGCAUGUGCUCGGUCGUUUUAGUGUUGUGCUUCUUUUGGAAUACCCUGUUCUUUUUCUCUUUUCGCCAUGAGAGGGUUUUGGGGAUUUGGGGUGUGAGAGUAACUGUUGUUUUAAGUGAUGUUUCGUAGAAAAGAUUGUGUUGUCAUUGUUCUUCUUUGAGUUCUGUGUCAUUCUUUUGUGUGCUUUUCUUCUUUUCUUGGGAUCCCCAAAACAUUUCUUUCAUACUCUCCCGGAUUUUCAUAAAGAAACAUUGGUUCUUGAG